CACCGCAACAAUAACAAUUUUAAAUUUGAUUUUUUAUAUUUAAAAUAACAAUUUUGGAAUGUCUGAAGAGAAUCAACGUAUUUUGAAGAAGCUCCGUGAAAAGCCAGAGAACAAAGUUUGUAUUGAUUGUACAACCAAAAAUCCUGAUUGGUGUUCAAUUACAUUUGGUGUUUUCUUCUGUUUGUCAUGUUCGGGAGUGCACAGAAGUUUGGGAGUUGAUGUUAGUUUUGUCAAAUCAGCCACAUUGGACAAGUGGUCUGAUGAACAUACACAAGCAAUGGUAAACGGAGGAAAUAAGAAGGCAAGAGAAUAUUUUACCAGCAAGGGAAUUGAUAGGAUGCCUAUUGCUCAAAAGUAUAAUUCAAAGGCUGCAAAGGAAUAUGCUGCUCUCUUAAAACAACAAGUACAACAAAAGAGUGGAACUUCAGAUAAAAAGCCAACACUCACAGUUAACACUGAUAUAAUAACUGAUAGCGAGGAAAAAGUCAAAUCAGCACCACCUUCCAAUACUUCUAACAAUCAUGAUUGGAGUUUUGAGGAUGAAAUGUUGAAGGAGACAUCUACUCCAUCUCCAACUGCCUCUGAACCAAAGUAUAAAGUGCUGACAAGCAGUUCAUCGAAUAAUAAUUUCAAAAUCAAACCAGGAAGAACAAUAUCCAAUUCAUCAAGCAGCAAGGAUAUCUUCUCUCAAGAUUCAUUCGGCAAGGCAAAGAAUUCAUCCAAAAAGAAUAGUAGUUCAAACUUGGAUGAUGAUAUUUUCGGAACAAAGGAAGUGGUUGUGGAAAAACAAGAAAAUAUUAAUGAUGAUGACUUUUUCAACAAUGAUUGGGAUAAGGAUGAUGACCAUAGGGUUACUACACCAACUAUGAAGAAAUCCGCAUCAACAACAUCAAAUUCAUCUCACAAUAAUAAUAGCGACAGAUAUAGUGGAAUUGGCAGUGGAUAUUCAAAUAAUAAUAAUAACAAUGGCAGCAGUAGUUAUGGUAACAAUUCCCCAUACGGAGAAUCAUACACAUCAUCAUCCAAUAACAAUGCUGACAGAUAUAGAGGUAUUGGUUCAGCUGCCAGUAGUAAUUCAAGAAAGAAUCCAUUUACAUCUGGAGACAUUACAAACAUGUCAGGUUCAGACAUUGCUUGGUAUCUUGGAGAACAAGCCAAAGAUGUUGCUUCCAAGACCAAGGAAGUUUCCAACUAUCUUGGAGAUCAAUUCACAGUCGUUUCUCACAAUGUUUCAACUUGGUUUAACUCAAUGAUGCAACAAAAUGAACACAAAUGAGUUUAUGUAUUUUUAGAGAGUUUGUAACAAAGUAAUAAUAAUAUACUACUAAUUUUGUAAAA